AAAAAAAACAAAAUUUUUCAAAUAGAUUAGACUUUAAAAAAGUUUCACUUAAUUUAAUGAAUUUAUCAAAAAAGGACGAAGAUUCAGGAGACUUGGGUGUCUUUUAUCACCUCGAUAAGACUACCGUACUUCAAGAAGCUCGCGUUUUUAAUGAGUCUCCAAUAGUUCCAAGAAAAUGUCGUCUUUUACUCACAAAGAUCAUAUAUUUAUUAUAUCUCGGUGAGCCGAUGGCUACCACUGAAGCUACAGAAUUAUUCUUUAGUGUUACUAAACUAUUUCAAUCCAAAGAUACCGCUCUUCGACAAAUGGUUUACUUGGUAAUUAAGGAGCUAUCAACCGUUGCUGAAGAUGUUAUUAUGGUUACUAGUAGUUUGAUGAAGGAUAUGCAACCAAAAUCUGAAGUCAUCUACCGAGCAAAUGCUAUAAGAGCACUUUGUAAAAUUAUUGAUGCAUCAAUGCUUCCAAGUGUUGAACGUUUUCUUAAAGCCGCUAUUGUUGAUAAAACUCCAUCAAUAUCAUCCUCUGCAAUGGUUUCUAGUUAUCAUCUAUUUCCUGCUGGUAAAGAUGUGAUUAAACGAUGGGCCAAUGAGGUUAAUGAAGCUAUUAAUUCUAAACCAUCUUCAAUUGUUGGUACUGCAUCUUCAUAUUUAACAUCCUUUUCAUCAAGUGGAUCUUCUUAUAAUUCACAACCAUCAUCAACAAGUAAUAUUAAUCAAUAUCAUGCAUUGGGUCUCAUAUAUAUGAUUCGACAACAUGAUCGUAUGGCUGUAACAAAAUUAAUUCAACAAUUGGCUGGUAGUAGUCGAGGAACUUUUGGUUCCUCAAGUGGAAUUUUACGCAAUUCUUUUGCAUAUUGUUUGUUGAUCAGAUACGCUGCUAAAAUUUUAGAUGAAGACCCAAAUUCGCGACAACAAAUGUAUGACCUUUUGGAGGUAUGGUUACGCCAUAAGAGUGAUAUUGUAAAUUUCGAAGCAGCAAAAGCGAUAUGUAAUAUCAAGGAUGUAACAAGUAAAGAAUUAUAUCCAGCUGUUAACGUUUUACAACUUUUCCUAUCCUCUCCAAAAUCUACUCUUCGCUUUGCCGCAAUUCGUACACUCAAUAAAUUGGCCAUGACUCAACCAACUGCUGUUCAAUCUUGUAAUUUGGAUAUGGAAAAUUUGAUCACUGAUCAAAAUAGAAGUGUAGCAACUUUUGCUAUAACUACUUUACUGAAGACAGGCAAUGAAGCUAGUGUUGACCGUCUAAUGAAACAAAUCACAGGAUUUAUGUCUGAAAUUUCAGAUGAAUUCAAGGUGAUUGUUGUUGACGCGAUACGUUCUUUAUGUCUUAAAUUUCCAUCAAAACAAGUAGUAAUGCUCAGCUUCUUGUCUGGAGUAUUGAGGGAUGAGGGUGGUUAUGAGUUUAAACGAGCUGUAGUUGAAGCUAUAUUUGAUUUGGUUAAAUUCAUUCCAGAAUCAAAAGAAGCUGCUUUGGCUCAUUUGUGUGAAUUCAUUGAAGAUUGUGAAUUCACCAAACUUUCCGUACGAGUUCUUCACUUGCUCGGUGUUGAAGGACCAAAGACACCUACUCCUACAAAAUAUAUCCGUUAUAUAUAUAAUCGUGUUAUAUUAGAGAAUUCUAUUGUAAGAGCCGCUGCUGUUAGUGCACUUGCUAAAUUUGGUGUAAGUGCUGAAGAUCCAGAAGUUAAAAAGAGUAUCAAGGUGUUGCUCACGAGGUGUUUGGAUGACAAUGACGAUGAAGUUCGAGACAGAGCUAUAUUAUAUUUGAAACUUAUAGAUGAUAACGAAAGCGCUGAAAAAUAUGUCAAAGAUGAUUCUACAUAUUCACUUGCUGCACUUGAAAGACAACUUGUACAAUAUGUUAGUAAUCCAGAAUCAUCAGAAAAACCAUUUGAUCUUUCUGACAUACCAAAGAUUACUAAAGCGCAAGCUGAAGCCGAGAAUUUGAAACCCAGAAGCUUUGACCUUGCGUCCACGCAAACCAUUGGAACUUCAUCUUCAGCUGUUGGUUCAAUAAAUUCAAAUAUUGUUUCUACAAGUAGAGAUGCUACACCUACUCCGGGAGUAGAUCAACAGCAAGUUUAUUCUCAGCAGCUUGAACAAAUUCCAGAGAUUGCUGCAUUUGGACCUUUAUUCAAGAGCAGUAUCAAACCUGUUGAACUCACAGAAAGUGAAACAGAAUAUGUUGUCAGUUGCGUUAAGCAUAUGUUUAAAGAAAAUAUGGUAUUCCAGUUUAUUGUUACUAAUACGUUGAAUGAUCAGUUAUUGGAAAAUGUUACUGUUGUAAUGCAACCAGAAUCAGAUGAAGGUACUUUGGUGGAGGAGUUUGUAAUUCCGGCAACAAAAUUGCCAUAUGAUCAACCUAGUUCUAUAUAUGUUGCAUUUAAGAGAACAAAUCCCGAAGAAUAUACAUUAGGUAGUUUCUCCAACACUCUAAAGUUUUUAGUUAAAGAUUGUGAUCCAUCUACUGGAGAAGCUGAUGAAGGAGAAGGUUAUGAGGAUGAAUAUCUGGUUGAAGAUAUUGAGAUAGUUACCAGUGAUUAUGUUUUUCCAACUUAUAUAAGUGACUUCUCAAGUGCAUGGGAUAGUGUGGGAGAGGAAGGUCAAGUAGUAGAAACAUUUGCUCUAACUGCAUCAAAGAGUUUGAAAGAUUCUUGUACAACUUUAAUUGAACUUCUUGGAAUGAGUCCAGUUGAAAACAGUGGAACACCAACAUCAUCCAGUGUACACACUUUAAUGCUUUCUGGAACAUUUUUGGGUGGUAUAAAAGUACUGGCAAAGAAUCGAAUGACGUUUGCUCCUAGUACGGGAGUUACGAUGGAGUUAUCUGUCCGAUCCCCAAGUGAAGAAAUUAGUCGUAUUGUUAUUGGAGCUGUUGUAUAGAUUAUGUGAAAUUAUUACAAAAUGUAAAAUUAAUAAUAACAAGAUGAAAAUUAUAGUAGUGUAUAAUUUUUUUUUACAACCCUAUUAAUAGAUUAAAAAUUUUAUUUAAUCGGAUAAUAAUCUUUGAGUUAAAUAAUCAAAUAACCUUUUUUUGCCC